AUGUCGGUGCGCGGCGGCGAGCGGGCGCGGCCCGGGGCCGGCCUCUUGGGGCUGCUCUGCUGCAGCGCCCUGCUGCCCCCGGCCGCGGGGUACGUGCUCGUGAGCUCGGUGUCCUGGGCCGUCACCGACGAGGUGGACGACGAGCUGGACAGCGUCUCCACCGAGGAGGCGCUGCCCGCGCUGCUGGAGGACUCCGGCCGCAUCUGGAGGCAGAGCUUCCCGGCCUCGGCGCACAAGGAGGACGCGCACCUGCGGCCCCGGGCCUCCGCCGGCCGCCCCCGGCCGCCCCCCGGCACGCCCGGCAUGUUCUCCUACCGGCGCGAGGCCUCCCCGGCCGGCCAGGCGCCGCGCCCCGGGACCGCCCGCUUCCUGGCCCACUCCAACGCCUGGGGCUGUCUGGCCACCCUGUCCGCCCGGGAGAAGAUCCGGGGAGUGCCUUUUGGGAACUGCCUGCCCAUCAGCGAUGGCCUCAUCAACAACAGCACUGGGGUUCCUUUCUUCUACUUGUCACCCAAGGACCCCACUGUGGCCGAUCUGAUGAGGAACCCCAUGGCAUCGCUGACGCUGCCGGAAUCGGAGGGCGAGUUUUGCAGAAAAAAUAUCGUUGACCCAGAAGAUCCCCGAUGCACCCGACUAACGCUCACCGGCCAGAUGGUUGCCGUGUCUCCAGAAGAAGUAGAAUUUGCCAAGCAAGCCAUGUUUUCAAGGCACCCAGUUAUGAGGAAGUGGCCCCGUCAAUACGAGUGGUUCUUCAUGAAGAUGAGGGUAGAACACAUCUGGCUUCAGAAAUGGUAUGGAGGGGUAUCCGAGAUUCCAAGGGAGGAAUAUUUCAAAGCAGUUCCAAGAAAGGCCUGAUGGAGGAAGAAAAACGACCUCAGUGUUUGUGCUUUAACAUGAAAAACUUGUAAGUCACACUGCUGGAAAGCUAUUGUCUGCGGUCUCUUUGCUGAAAGGUUCACAGCAGCCCUGUCGUCCUUACUGAAGAACAGAAGAGGAUGAACAGGGAACACUGUGCUAGACUUGAAAUUAAAGUGGUCAUUUGCCAAUCGUCCAUUCACACAGGUUCUUCACCUACCCAGCCUUUGUUUACGUUGUAUGCGGUCGAGACUCACCUACUUGAGGGCCAUCUUCGUUGUCAAACUGACACAUUAAAACAGUUGCUGUUCCAUUCUUUAGAAAAACAAAUUACACCUGUGAGUGACUUUGUAUCCUGUGAGUACGGUGUGAUGACUUUGUAUCCUGUGAGUAUGGUGUGAUGACAUUGUAUCCUGAGAGUAUUGUUGUUGCUUGUUGUACCAAAAGCAGUGUCUGGGUUCAAGUGCAGUGCAACCACAAAAGAACUAAGCAUGCAUCAUACAACCCCAGUGCUGUGUUUAGGGAGAGAGUGGAGGACUGUUGGUCUAUGGAUUACUCACUGUGCUGCUGGAAUGCAAAUGUAUCAUGAAGGCACGUUUGCUAGAAUGUGUAGAUCACUUCUGAAGCCUUUUCCCACUGUAGUUGACGAGCGGUGGAGAACACACAUAAAUCAGUGCACAGCCAUGCCCUUGGUAAGCAGGCCGUGGUGGUACAGUAAGAGGAUGGGGUGGCUUUGGUGUCAGGCUCCCUGUAUCCCUGCAGCUCAUGUUUCUGACAGGGACUGCUCCUCUCAGGGGGCAUCCAGAAUAAGAAGCACCUCAGUCUGUGGUAUGUAGAGGAGACUCCCAGGAGAGGGGAAGGAAGCAAAGGUAACGUGAGAGAAGGAAGGAAAGGAGUCUGGUGUAACUGAGGGCCUACUCCAUGUCCAGGCCCUUUACACAAGUCAUCGCAUGUCAACCCUACAACCAAUGAAACAUUUGCCAUCAUUGCUACUUACAGACAAGGAAACUGAGGCUCAGAGAAGUCAAGUCAAAUCCCCAAGUACAGAUUCUGGAAUUAACUGCACAUAGCAGAGAGAGUAGUGCCUAAAGGCUUUCCAGUUUUCAGAAUGAGACAAGUUUUGGAAAGGCACAGGUAGCCAUGAACUGGGAAAAUCAGUAAAGCGAAUGUAAAACAGAAUGACGUACCUGCCUGGAGUGAUUUGCCAUGGCUUUUGCCCAAAAAAAAAAGGUCUAAGUUUGAGUCUUGAGUCUUUUUUUCUUUUUUAUUGUUGUUGUUCUCUAGGUGAAGAUUUACAGAACAAAUUAGUUCCUCAUUAAACCAUUAAUACACAUAUUGUUUUGUAACAUUGGUGGCCAACCCUGCGAUGUAUCAACACUCUCUCCCACUUGAGCCCAGGUUCCCCAUUUCCAUUUGUCCAGCUUUCCUGACCCCUCCUGCCUUCUUGCCCUUGCCCCCGGGCUGGUGUGCCCAUUUAGUCUCAUAUACAUGGUUGAACUACAUGUAUUAUUAUUUGUUUUAUGUUGUGUUGUUGUUAGGUGCCAUUGAGUCGGUUCCAACUCAUAGCAACCCUGUGUACUACAGAAUGAAACACAGCCUGGUCCUGCACCAUGCUCACAAUCGUUAUUAUGCUGGAGCCCAUUGUUGCAGCCACUGUGUCAGUCUUUCUCAUUGAGGGUCUUCCUCUUCUUCACCGACGCUGUACUUUACCAAGGGUUUGUUUUAUAGGCCUGUCUAAUCUUGGGCUGAAGAGUGAACCUCAGGAGUGACUUCAGUAAUGAGUUAAAAGGGUGUCCAGGGGCUAGACUCUUGGAGUUUCUCCAGUCUCUGUCAGACCAGUAAGUCUGGUCUUUUUUGGGGAGUUUGAAUUCUGUUCUACAUUUUUCUCCAGCUUUGUUGGGGACCCUCUAUUGUGACCCCUGCCAGAGCAGUCAUUGGUGGUAGCUGAGCACCGUCUAGCUGUGCUGGACUCAGUCUGGUUGAGUCUUGAGUCUGACUACAGAUUUAAUAUUUUCUACAAAUUAUAUGCAGGAGUCCUGCUUGUGUUUGCAAGAAACUAAACUGUGUACGCACUCAAGGCCUGUGUGAGCCUGUGUGUACACAUCCAAGACCUCUUAGAACUGAAGUCCACAAAGGAUCUAGCAGGACCCAAGUUUUCUGUCUUUCUGUAAUGACUAUACACCCUCUUUGGUGGGUUUGGUUUGUUAUAGAACAUAAAAGCUCAUGACCAUAUAUAGAAAAUAUACAUUUUUAAAAUAAGUAAAAGUGUUAUUUAAAAAAUUAAGGCAUAAAGAGAGUUUGAGUUGUCAAAGUAUACUUUUCAGUGCCCUUUACUAAAAAACAUAGUAAGAUACGCCAGUGCUCAAAGGAAUUCCUGACAGUGGCAAUACAUAAGAGUAGGGUAAUUUUGAGGGUAUUUCAUAUUUUUUACCCCCUAUUUAUAGGUAAGGGGUGAAAACUCGAGGAACAAACUACAUGCUCAAAAAUACCCCACAAGUCACCCUCACACUUUAGCUUACAGUGAUCAAAGCAGUGUGGACACAUGGACUGACCGAACAGAACAGAGAGCCCAGGCAGAGAGCCAUAAAUACACCCACCUGAUGUUUUAUAAAGGGUCAAAAGCAAUUCAGUGGAGGAAGGAUAGUCUUUUCAAUAAAGGCACUGGGGCAAGUGGACAUCUGUAGGCAAAAAGUAAUAAUCCUCACGCCUUACACAAAGAUUGACUCCAAAUAGAUCAUACAUUUAAAUAUAAAAUGUAAAACUAUAAAACUUUAAGGAGAAAAUCUUCAUGACCUAGGGAUAAGCAAAGAGUUCUUAGACUUGAUACCAAAAGUACUGUCCAUGAAAUGAAAAUUUGAAAAAUUAAACUUCAUCAAAAUUUAAAACUUUUGCUCUCAAAAAACCCUGGUAAGAGGAUGAAAAGUCAGGCUACAAACUGGGAGAAAAUAUUUGCAAACCACAUACCUGACAAAGGACUAGCUAGUAUCUAGAAGAUAUAAAGAACCCUCAAAACUCAACCAUAAAAAAAAUAAGACAAUCCAAUUAGAAAAUGGAGACUAUGAACCUACGCUUCACUGAAGGGGAUAUACAAAUGGCAAAUAAGUACAUGAAAAGAUGUUCAACACUAUUAUUCUUUAGAGAAAUGCAAAUUAAAACCACAAUGAGAAAUCACUACACAUCUACCAAAAUUGCUAAAAUUAAAAAAAAAAAAAAGAAUGACAACCCUGAAUGGUGGCAAG